AUGAGCCGGUGUUUUCUCUCAAAGCUUAUGCGAGAGAGUGAAACCUGCAUGGUUUAUUCUGGUGCUUACCAUUCUAAUUUGCCAAAUACCAAUAAUUUCUCAAUAGCUUCUUCACAAUCGCAAGGUUUUACUUGGAAUCAGGAUCUUUUCGCUUCUCAGUACCAGCAAAUGUGUAAGGUUGUUUAUGAUGGACAUGAAGAUACACUUGAAGAACUCAUAGAGACUAUCAAAGAGAAAUAUAAGCUCUUAGGGUCACAUUGUGCAGAGGAUGAUGAUAAAAUGGUGUACGAGGAUGAUGAUGAAGCUCUUACUGACUGUGAAAAUGAUGAAUUUAAUCAUGGUCGAACAUUGAGAUUCUUCCGCCGUUCCAAUAGUGGUUACUCGUUGCGUCCUAGAAUCUCUGAAGAGUUCAAUCGACCAAGAAGGAUAUCUGAGCGAAGCAUAAGCUUUGUAUCGGACUCAAAAAAUGGUAAUUAUAAUAGAAGUGAUAUCGCAGUGAUCGAUGUGGAGGCAGAUACACCGGAGAAUAAUCAUUUGAAAUGGCUCAUUUCACCUUCCUGA